GCAGCACAAACAAAACAAAAACAACAACAAAAGUUGUAUUUGAAAAAAGGAGUAAAGUAAAAUAGAAACAACAGAGUUACUCUUUAAUUUUUACACAAGUUUCCAGCAAAGAUUGGGGAUUCUCUCUUAUAUACAAUAUAGAUUCAAAAUAGUUUUUGUUCAUUAUGAGUGAAAGAACUUUCGAACACAUCUUCAGCAAAAGAUCAAAAGAAUCAUUGUGUGAGUUCUUGAAGGCUUCAAAAAUUUCUGAAGCAAGUAAUGAUCAUGAGCAUAUUGAAAAGGAAUUCAAAAUGUGGAGACGAUUAAUAAAGAAUUUAGGUAAUAUCAUUGAACUGCCAGACAAUAAAUCUCAAUCAUUAACUAUUGAAGAAAACAGCUGUUCUAAGGAUUUACAGGUACUUCCUGAUCCAACUAAUAGUAUGGAUAAUUCGGAAGGAAAUAUUGUUGAAGAUAAAUACAGUGCAAAAUAUUUAGUCACUGUUAUACAGAAAGAGCCAGUGGAAGUGAUACAAUUGUUGUAUCGUGAUGCAUUACCUCACAUCAAUAGUCAGACUAUGAUUGAAAUGGAAGAUUUGAUGAAAGGAAUAAGUCCAUGUGAUACUUUGGUAAAAUGUUAUUGCAAAGAAUUACUUUUCAAAAUGAUGUCGGAAAGUAUAGAGGAUAUUUUGAAAAAAAUAUUCAAUGAUUUCUAUACUCAAUACAGUAGCUUAGUAAUUGAAGAAAUAAUUGGUUUCAUGAAACUGCAUGAUAAACUGGAUUUAUUCUUGGUAUAUUUGAAUUCUAAGUCAACUUCAGACAAAGAAUUUUCAUCAUUAUUGUUGAGAGCCUUUCUGGAUUCAUGUAAAGGGUCCCUAUCCAGAAGAGAUCUAUUUUUACUUGAUUAUUUUAUUUCUAAAAACUCUGAAUGUGAUUUGAUGAAAAUGGUUGUAGGUAUCUUGUAUAGCAGUGCAAUGGAAUUGAGGAAUGAUAAAGACUAUGGAAAAUUAUUGUUUAAAAUUGUUGAUCAUUUGGGACCAGAACUUAUUUCAGUGAAAAACCAGAUCGAUUAUAUCUUGAGUGUUCAUGCUUCUAUGUGGAAAACAAAAAUAAGAAAAAAAAGUGAAAAGUACCUGAAAGAGAUUUAAAUUUGAAGUUUCAUAUUUGUUGUUUUCUCAAAAUCGCUAUUAUUACAUGUACUAUGAAAUUAA